CUCUCUCAAACCCAGAUCUGGGUUUUUCUCCCUUCGUCUUUCUCUCUCAAACCCAGAUCUGGGUUUUUCUCAAUUUGGUGAAAAUUCAUACAUUAAAAUGAAAAAUACAAGUAAUAAACACCAUACACCAUACAUUUUUUUCACAAACACCACACACAAAUUCAUGAUGAAGCAAGCUUCGCAUUGGCUCGGUUUGUGCUAGACCCCUGCACGUGGCUCCGGACGCCUCAAAGUCGGUACUUGUUCCUCUUGCUCUGCUCUCCUAUCCUCCUCCCUUUCCUCUGUGCAACUUUUCCUCUACUCUGUGCCACGGAGUUCUGCUUCUGGGUUUGUCACGAGAGGACGAGAAGGAAAGCAGUUGCACGGCAGUCAACAAACGAGGAGGAGCGGCUGAGGGGAUGCGAGGAGGGGUGUGGGUGAAAUAAUGAAGGGGAAGAAAGUGAGGUGGGGUUGUUGCUCAAACCCAGAUCUGGGUGUUGCUCAAACCCAGAUCUGGGUGUUUCUCAAACCCAGAUCUGGGUUUCACAAAUCUGGGUUUUCUCUAGUGAUUUUGAUUGUG